AAGACCGCAUCCAGACUCUCAAGAUUAUAAUAAUGGACGCAAUAUAAACAGCUGCUCAAGCAGCGCGUGGCGGACACUUGUCAAACUCGAAUCAUUGCAGCUGGAUGUGGAUGAUGCUCCAGGACUCAUAUACGUGGAACGCUUGUGUGUGCUAUUUGUUUUCUUGGGUCUGUUUCAUUGCAUCCUCUUUAGCACAGCCGUAGACCUGAUAUACGAACGCUGUGAACGAUGCUCGAGACAUAUAGCAAAGCUAAGAAACUACUUUCACGUUCAUGUUUAUGAAUAUUUCAGUUAACCCGCGGAAGAUAUGCAAGGCUUGAUGGACUUGCACAAAGAGGCAGAUUAAUGUGUUUUUCUGGGGGAAAUGUUGCUAGUGGCAUGCUAACGUUGUUUUCGGCUUUAGAGUGCAAGCAAUGGGGUACUUAAGUAUUGUAAAUAUAAUUUAACGUCGAUUUUUUUGAUAGCUAUUAUGGAAAUAAUCUGCCUAAUGGAUGUCUUUAAGUUUAAUUCAACCGGAAUAGUUCAGUACUUAGUCAACAUAGUGCGUCAACGUUGCAUGCCAGUUGCAAACCCUGUUAGCGAUAUGUAUUAUAUAUAACCUCUCGUGAAUCACUUGUGGUGGCGUUUUCUGAUCUUAAAAUGCCGUUAUAAAUGUCUAAUUAUGUCUUUACAUAUGCAGUUUACGCAUAUCUCAAGAGAAUUUUCUGAUUUCUGACGGUUUAUGGGUUACAUUAUAUGGAGUGUGGUGCAGCCUUAGUCUUGCAUGUGUAGAUGUUAAUUAGACCCAUACAUGCUGAUGUUAGUCAUGAAUUUCAAGAAGCAGUUCAGAUUGUUUGGUGUUGCUCCUCCUGUUGUUGUUAUGCAUUUAUUUGACGUAUGCACUUUAAUAUGUGUGUGAACAGAUUAUCAGUACAAGCAGGCAUAAUGUUAAUGUCAGGAAUAGAAAACUGUUAAAAAUCCCUUUGAAGUGUUGUUAUCUGACUCUACUUUAAACAUUAACCAUACAAACCAUCAAAACAAGACUUUUCUUGCUACUUGAACUGCUCUUUAAGCUGAGGAAUCCCUAGUUGGGACUGGAAAUACUUUGAUUGACUUCUGGAAGACUUCACUCCAUCAUGCGUCUGUCUUCCUUAUUGGCUGUUUUCCGGCCUGCUCUGCCUCUCAUCCUGGGCCUCUCUUUGGGCUGCAGCCUCAGUCUUCUGAUGGUGUCCUGGACUCAGGGGGAGACAGAUGAGGGAUGUGGAGAUGAACUGGGCAAUGGGGGGCUCCUUCACAGUGAUCAUAUCAGAGAUCUUCAGGAUGGCAAAGUUGGGGAUGGGAAUGAGGCCUUCCAGCCACGCAUAGUGCCCUAUCACAAAGACCCCAACAAACCACAUAAGAAAGUUCUCAGGACUCGCUACAUACACACAGAGCUGGGCAUCCGAGAACGUCUUUUAGUUGGCAUCCUGAGUUCACGUGCCACUCUGAACACACUAGGUGUUGCAGUCAAUAAAACCAUAGCGCACCGUUUCCAUCGUACAUUCUUUUUCACUGGCCUUCGAAGUGCAAAGGCACCGCAUGGCAUGGCUGUUGUCGUCCACGGUGAUGACCGGCCCGUCUGGCUAAUGUAUGAAACAAUACGCCACCUCCAUCAACACCACGGCAAUGAGUAUGAUUGGUUUUACCUUGCCCAGGAUGAUACGUACACACAAGCUGAAAGGGUGAUGGAGCUGGUGAACCAUCUUAUGGGACAGGAUAUGUACAUGGGACGGGCAGAGGAGUUUAUUGGGGGUGAAGAACGUGCACGAUAUUGCCAUGGUGGAUAUGGCUAUCUGCUGUCACGUAGCCUACUAGAUCGACUGCAGCCCCACCUGGACUCUUGCCGAAAUGAUAUCCUCAGUGUCAGGCCAGAUGAGUGGCUUGGUCGCUGCAUCAUUGAUUACUUGGGUCUUAGCUGUGUGGAGAAGCAUCAGGAGAUGACUUACCGUUACUUUGAGCUGCAGAAGAACGUGGACCCUGAGCGUGAGGACAGUGCUCAGUUUAAGAAUGCCUUUACUGUCCACCCAAUCUCUGAACCUGCCCUGAUGUAUCGCCUGCACAAGCGCUAUAAUCAGAUUGAACUGGACUGGACCUAUGCACAAAUACAGCAGUUACAGAUGCAGAUCAACAACAUAAGUGAGCUCACUCCAGAGGGCAAAGCUGGAACCACCUGGCCCAUCGGAAUCAACCCUCCCUUCCGGCCCAAGACACGCUUUGAGGUGAUCAACUGGGAGUACUUUACUGAAGAGCACAUUUACUCAUGUGCUGACAGUUCUCCAAAGUGUGAAGUUCGAGGUGCGGACCGUGCAGAUGUUAUUUCAGUCCUGGAGACUGCAGUGGCACAUUUGAAUGAGCGAUAUCAGCCCCAGUUGCGCUUCCGUAAGCGCCGCUUACUGAACGGGUACAGGCGCUUUGAUCCCACACGAGGCAUGGAGUAUGUGCUAGAUCUGGCCCUGGAAGCUUUCACGCAGAAGGGUCAUAGUCAGGUCAUAGCUAAACGGGUGAGUUUGCUGAAGCCACUCAGUGCUGUUGAGAUCAUCCCCAUGCCAUACGUAACAGAAGCGACGAGGGUACAGGUCAUCCUCCCUGUAACGGCACAUGAUCAAGACUUUGUGGGCAACUUCCUUGACAUGUAUGUUAUGAAUGCUUUAGAUACGCAUGACAAUGCUCUGCUCACCUUCUUGUUUAUCUAUGACCCCUUUGAUGCUCAGAGAGUCAGCCAGACAGAUGUUUUUGCCAGUGUCAAAGCCAUGAUCGGCGAGGUCGAGAAACGUUAUGGUGAUGUGAAAAUUCCUUGGAUUAGUGUAAAGACCGGAGUUCCCUCACAGGUCAAGCUGAUGGACAUAAUCUCCAAGAAACAUCCAGUAGACACCUUGUUCUUCCUGGCCAGCGUUUGGACGGAAGUUAAUGCUGACUUUCUCAACCGUUGCCGAAUGAAUGCCAUCAGCAAUUGGCAGGUUUUCUUUCCAAUCCACUUCCAAGAGUACAGUCCUGCUCUGGUAUACCGUGACCAACAGCCUUCUGCUGCUUCAUCGUUUGCAUCCGAGACACUGCGAGAUGGCCACUUUGACCGUCACGUCUUUGAAGAAGCCUGUUUCUACAAUGCAGAUUACAUGGCUGCACGCACAAAGAUGGCAGCAGACAUCUUGGACAAUGAUGAGUUGCUUGAGAGUAUGGACGUCUACGAAAUCUUUGUACGUUACUCGGGAUUGCAUGUGUUUCGGGCUGUGGAGCCGGCACUAGUUCAGAAAUAUGUGCACAAGGAAUGUAACCCAAGGUUUAGUGAGGAUAUCUAUCACCGUUGUGUACUCAGUAACCUGGAGGGGCUGGCAUCUCGAUCACACCUAGCAAUGGCUUUGUUUGAACAAGAGCAGGCUAAUAGCACCUGAGAAAGAACUACUACUUGAAGCAUGCUUCAACUUGGACCUAUGCAUAUUGAUUGUGUGAAAUUCACCUUAAUGCUGUGAACCUCUCUGCACAGACUAGACACAGUGAAUGAAUAGCACUUGGUACUUGAGGACUGACCCAUAUAUUCUUACAUGGUGAACAUGACUAAUGUGAAGCAGAGGACACCACAACUUACUUAAAAUUAAACUUGUGGAAUGAACCUCUCUUUGUUUAUAUUACUAUAGAUGACUGAAUGGAUUCUGGAAUUAGCAAGUGCAAAGCAUAAGGAACGCAUUUAACUUUUUAUACUUCAGAUGGUUAGUAGAGGCUCAGUCCUAAAUCUCAGCUUCAAAAGUAACUUGAGCCGUCUUUCUUCCUUAACAUAUAUGAUUGUAUGACCAUUGAACCGAAUGUGCUGCCUAUGACAGGACUGAAUAAACGAAUUA